GUGGAGCUUGGAAAGGUGAAACCUGGCGGUGGAAGUGUGAAACCUGGUGGUGGAAGUGUGAACCCUGGCGGUGGAAGUGUGAACCCUGGCGAUGGAAGUGUGAACCCUAGCGAUGGAAGUGUGAACCCUGGCGGUGGAAGUGCGAAUCCUGACGAUGAACUUAGAUAUGCUUAA